AUGUCUCUGCAAGAGCCCCCUGACGAUGGCAGGGCAACCGUGUGCCUGUUGCUCCUCUCGGGCUUGCCGGGCGCCGGCAAGACCACCCUGGCCAGGGCCCUGGCACAGGAGGCGGCGCUGCAGGGUGUCGAGGUGCGCCUCGUGUGCUUCGAUGAGCAUGGCUACCAGCCAGGGAGCGGCAGCAGAGGCGGUGACGGCGGCGGCGGCAACGAGCCAACAGGCGAUGAAGACGCCUUCAGUCCCCAGGCCUGGCGGCUUGCCAGGAGGCAGUCCCUCAACCAGCUGCAGGCAGAACUUACCCUGGAUAUCACAGGGCAGCGCCAGCAGCAGCCCAGCACUGAGCACGGCGCCAGCACCAGCGACAGCAGCAGCGCCCCCAUGCUGCCACACCUGUCAGGGCCGCCGCGGCCUCGACAGCAGCCACCGCAGCUCCCCACUAGCCGGUACCAUCGCUUGGUCAUAGCAGAUGACAACAUGCAGUACCGCAGCAUGAGGGGGCAGUGCUACGCACUAGCCCGGGCCGCCGGCGCCGCAGUCGUGUUGCUUUACCUGGAAUGCAGCAAGCAGCUGGCACAGCAGCGCAACGCGGCGCGGCCGGUGGCGCAGCGUGUGCCUGCCGCCACCAUCAGCCGCAUGGCGGCCCAGUUUGAGGCAGCCAUCGGCGGCUGGGAGCAGCGGUGCUUGGUGACGUGGAGCAGCGAGGGGGCACCUGGGGUGACAGCUCUGUGGCGGCACAUCUGGCGGCUGUGGGGCCCGCCUGCACCACCACCGCUCGAUACCGAGGCAGCUGCGGCGGCCAAGGCGGAUGCGCAGGCGGCCACCGCUGCCAGCCAGGCGCAUGCCGCCGACCUCGCCACCCGACGCGUGAUGUCGCAGUGCAUGCAGCGGCUGGGGGUGGCGUCUGCGGAGCACAGGGCCGCAGCAGCGCAACGGCUCAACACAGCACGCCGCCGGCUGCUGGAGCAGGCGCAGCAGCGGGCGGAGGAGGCGGCGAGCAGUGCUGAGGGUCGGGCGCCUGAGGCGGCUCACUGGGCCGCCGCGUUUCAGCGGGAGUGCGAGGCCAUUCUGGGAGAGGUUGGCUAG